UGUGUGUGUGUGUGCGCGCGUGUGUUCCGCGUCACAUAAACAAGUAGUAGGACAGCUCUAGAUAUUGUUUAGUAGGGAAAUAUUCUCACAACCCCUGAUGGUGUUUAAAUUUUGAUGAAUUUUCAUAAUCAGAGACCACUCAAGAUAUAAUUUAUGCAGCUCUCAAAAGCAGAUAGUCCAUAACAUUAUAAAAAGAGUCUGGCUAUCUUUGAAAUAAAUCAGGAUAACAAGCUUCCUCACUGACAGGGAUGAUUUUUGUAUACUUGGUCCCCUUUAGAAAUAUUACAGUGUUUCUUCUUUGUAAAUAACUUCUUUGUAACUUGUUCCUGAACUGAAAUUUAUACAUCUUACAAAUUUUAUGAAAUACAAAUACAACACAUAACAUCAUGUUGUAUAUUAAAACAUAAUGAAAGAUUUUUCUUUAAUUACGUGAUUAGUUUCGAUAACAAAAUAAUUUUACACUAUUUGACAUAAAGUGGGUCAUUUUGGUGGUUUUAGAUUGAAAUUAAAUAGUUUUGUCUAAGUAUUCAGCUUAGAUGACUCACUUGGCACAAAGUUGGACCAGACUUGCUUUAUCUUACUACACUGUACUUCUAAUGAACUUUUAAAAAUCAGUUCUGUCUAUAAGCUCUUAAACCUUUUUCUUUUGCAAUCUUACUUUCAUCAUGUUUGCUUUAUUGUCUUGCAACAAAUCAACCAAUACUUACAAAUAUUUUAUAUUCCCUAGUAUUUCCAGGGAAGUAGUUCUACUCUAACCUCUGUCUCAUUUCCGCUGUAAAUCAUUCUUAAAGAAAAGGGGUUACUGCAGUAGUUAAUUACUACUUUGACACACCUCAUUUUCUUUUUUUCUCAGAACCGAAAAACGAAAAGACUAGAGGAUAGCCUCAACUUUGAGGAAACAGGCAACUUUUACUACUUUAAAAUAUAAUUGUUUUCUUUGUUUUGUUUAAAAACAAGGAGGAAAGGCUGAAGCCUGCCCAAGCCAGGUGUCUCUUGUUGGCAGCCUGCUCCCUAAUGACUGCUCUCCGAGAGCAGCUGCCUGCUAGUCAGCUUUGUAUGGCCUAUUGUUGCCGCACACCCCCUCGUUAAUACACAGGCUGCCCGGGGCAGACCCAAGAAUGACAUCAACUUGCUUAUCUUAGAAACCUGCGGACCUGACGCAGGGUGCUGAGGUUGGCUUGCAUCUGCCUGGCCGACUGAUUGUGAGCUUUCUGGCCUGCGAUUGGCUGUUACUCCACUCGGUAAUAGGUUAAGCAAAGACAUUGCCAUUCCAUCUGUUCACUCAUUCAUUGUUCUUCUUGCCUGCCUGGAAGUCUGCAGCUAAAAUUGUGUUAAGGAGUUACUCCUGAAGCUGCUACAGAAGCCAAUGUCUUUGUAUUUUCCUGUGAACGAAUACGGGGUGCUUUGCAUUCAAGAAUACAGAAAAAACAGCAAAGUGGAGUCAAGUACACAUAACAGCUUCAUGGGCUUGAAGGAUCAUCUGGGGCAUGACCCAGGCCACCUUUAUGUGGAGAGCACUGACCCACAUUUAAGUACAUCUGUACCUUGGUCAAUGGUAGAAAAACCAACAAUGGAUAAAGUUAAUUCCGGGAAGGAAGAAAAAGAGGUGUCUGAAGAGAAUGCGAGCUCUGGUGACUCUGAAGAAAGCACAAAUUCUGAUAAUGAGUCAGAACAAUUGAGUAGCAUCUCAGUAGAGCCAUGCUUAUUAACCAAGACUCACAGACAGCUAUGUAGGUCUCCCUGUUUAGAGCCUCACAUACUCAAAUGCAGUGAAAUUUUGCAAGACUUUAAACCUGAAGAGUCCCAGCCAUCCAAGGAAAUGAAAAAACCCCCUGAUGUGGUGCGAGAAUACCAAACAAAACUGGAGUUUGCACUGAAGUUAGGUUAUUCUGAAGAACAGGUUCAACUUGUGCUAAACAAACUUGGUACUGAUGCUUUAAUCAAUGAUAUUCUGGGAGAACUUGUCAAACUUGGAAAUAAAAGUGAGGCUGAACAAACAGUUAGUACACUUAACAUUAUAAUGCGGGAAACGUCUUCCCUGGAAUCUCAGCGGUCUGAAUCUCCGAUGCAAGAGAUUAUAACAGAUGAUGGGGAAAAUCUGAGACCGAUAGUUAUCGAUGGCAGCAAUGUGGCAAUGAGCCAUGGAAACAAAGAAGUCUUUUCCUGCCGAGGAAUAAAAUUAGCAGUGGAUUGGUUUUUGGAAAGAGGCCACAAGGAUGUCACCGUCUUUGUUCCUGCUUGGAGGAAAGAGCAGUCCCGGCCCGAUGCACUUAUUACAGAUCAAGAAAUCCUACGUAAAUUAGAGAAGGAAAAAGUCCUGGUGUUCACACCGUCGCGGCGCGUGCAGGGGAGGCGAGUGGUGUGCUAUGACGACAGGUUCAUCGUGAAACUGGCCUUUGAGUCGGAUGGUGUAAUUGUGUCCAAUGAUAACUACAGGGAUUUGGCAAAUGAGAAACCAGAAUGGAAAAAGUUCAUAGAUGAGCGAUUAUUAAUGUACUCAUUUGUCAAUGACAAGUUCAUGCCCCCCGAUGACCCUCUUGGCAGACAUGGCCCAAGCCUGGAUAAUUUUCUAAGGAAGAAACCUAUUGUUCCUGAACACAAAAAGCAGCCUUGUCCGUAUGGAAAGAAGUGUACGUAUGGACACAAGUGCAAAUAUUACCAUCCGGAACGGGGCAGUCAGCCUCAGCGGUCAGUGGCUGACGAGCUGCGUGCCAUGUCCAGAAACACAGCAGUCAAAACUGCGAACGAAGGAGGACUGGUGAAAAGCAACAGCGUCCCCUGCAGCACUAAGGCCGACAGCACUUCUGACGUCAAGCGAGGCGCUCCAAAGAGGCAAUCAGACCCAAGCAUAAGGACUCAAGUCUACCAGGACCUAGAGGAAAAGCUUCCCACCAAAAACAAACUGGAAACCAGGUCUGUACCUUCCUUAGUUAGUAUACCGGCUACUUCUACCGCCAAACCCCAAAGCACUACAUCUUUAAGCAAUGGCCUUCCAUCUGGAGUUCACUUCCCACCUCAGGAUCAAAGACCACAGGGGCAAUAUCCUCCGAUGAUGAUGGCAACCAAAAAUCAUGGAACGCCAAUGCCUUAUGAACAGUAUCCAAAAUGUGACUCGCCCGUCGACAUUGGAUAUUACUCCAUGUUGAAUGCAUAUUCAAAUCUGAGCAUCUCAGGCCCACGGAGCCCUGAAAGGCGUUUCUCCUUAGACACGGAUUACAGGAUCAGCUCUGUCGCCUCUGACUGCAGCAGCGAAGGGAGCCUGAGCUGCGGGAGCAGUGACUCGUACGUGGGGUACAACGACCGCCCCUACGUCAGCUCCCCCGACCCGCAGCUGGAAGAGAACCUCAAGUGUCCGCACAUGCACCCUCACGGCCGCCUUAACUCCCAGCCCUUCCUGCAGAGUUUCCACGACCCCUUAACCAGAGUGCAGAGUUACAGUCACGAAGAACCAAAGUACCAUCACAAGCCUCCGCUCCCGCACCUGGCCGUGCGCCUGCCGCACCCGGCCGUGGGCGCGCGGUCCAGCUGUCCCGGCGACUACCCGUCCCCGCCCGGCUCGGCGCACGCCAAGGCGCCGCACCUCGGGCGCUCCCUGGUGGCCACGAGGAUAGACAGCAUCUCCGACUCGCGGCUCUACGACGGCUCUCCGUCCAGGCCGCGGAAGCCCCACGCCCGCCAGGAAGGGCUGGGCGGCUGGGACCGGCAGAGCUACGGGCUGGACGCGUACGGCUACCGGCAGACCUACUCCCUGCCCGAUAACCCCACGCAGCCGUGUUACGAGCAGUUCACCUUCCAGAGCCUCCCCGAGCAGCCCGAGCCCACGUGGCGCGUCCCGUACUGCGGCGCGCCGCCGCCGGACCCCCCCAGGUACCAGGACAGCCGAGAAAAGAUCUUCGUCAACCUGUGCAACAUCUUCCCGCCCGACCUGGUGAGACUUGUCAUGAAGAGGAACCCUCACAUGACAGACGCCCAGCAGCUGGCUGCAGCGAUUCUAGUGGAGAAAUCACAGCUGGGCUAUUGAAAGAUGAUGCAUCUUUGUGGUGUUUAGUAGUUUUUUUUUUGUUCAGCUUAAACGCUGAGGGAGGUUUGCUACAAUAGCACAUGUGAUCUCCUUCUCAGCAAGGAGGUUAUAUAGUAUCCAUUUAUGUGAAAUACUGUAUCAUGGAAUCUGUAUGUAUAGCCCCACAUAGUGGAUAGUAUCACGGGAUUGCUUUACAUUCAAACAUUUUUUUUUUUAAACGUUUCCUUUUUAAAGCUAUAUAUCCUUGGCUGGAAAUUUUUCCAGUUUGAUUUAUUAGAUGUAUCUGUGAUCUUUGAUAUUAAUCUUUGGUGCAUCAGGGGUUUAUAUGCAGCACUUUUUAUCCUUGUUUCAUGUUUUAUUAACUUGGUGUUUGUCUAUCAAUUGCAAGCAAUUACAAUACCUUCAGAAUGUUGAACAUUUGACUAGACCUAGCAAACUAUUUUUUCAAGCCAAGCUUAAUUGGAAUCUUUUACAGCUUUUUAAGUUAUUUUUAUUUGGGGAAAGUGGGCUUCUUUGUGCUAUAAUCAUUAUUUAUAGAAACAAAGAUAUACUACAGCACUGACUUUAUAUUUUAAACAAAAUGUAAGUUACCAGUUUAUGUUGAAAUGGGUAACAGUAUAUAUUAGAAUGAUUUACAAUAUGGCACUUUUCAUUGUUUUAUUUUCAUUUGGAUUUUUUGUGUUAAGUAAUUAGUUAAUUUAAUAUGGUUGACUUAAAGGAAAGCAGAUGCAAUCAAUGGAAAAAACCGUUUCCAUUUUUUUUAAUAAAAAAGGCAAAAGCCGUGAACUGUUAGAGUAUAUAGAGCUUUGUUAUCCAGCUAUGAUGUGCUUCUAGACAGUAGAAAUGGAAUCGAAUUCCUAGACUUCCAUUAACCUGUAUUUUUUAAUGUGUUUGUCUUUUUGUUUGGGGGCACAACAAUACUGGAUAAAAUAACCCUUUUGCAGUACUUGCCUGUUUUUAAUGAAUCUAAUUAUUCUCAAUGCAACUUUUAUAUUUAAUAUACUCUUUAGCUGUCCUGGCCUGAGGUGGUUUUAUGUGUUGAGGAUAUGCAACAUUUGUUGAUACUGCACUAUAGAAAUGGUGAUGGAGGAGUUGUAAAUGGUAACUUAAAAUUUUUGUAAGAUACUGUAUAUUUUCCAUUUUCCUGAAGGUAAUUUUUGGGGGGGGGGGGGCCUGUCAUAUUAUUAAGGCCAGACUCUUGCCACAAAUAGUGUAGUUUUAGAUACAGACUGAAGUCUGUUCUCGUAUUAGUAAGGGAUAUUUCUGGUUUCAAAGUCAUGGGUUUUGCUGAGUGGAUUCGUUUCUGUUGUUGGCUAGAAGAGAGAUGUUGCAAUCCAUGGCAGACAGUUGUGUGACUGACGAGGACUUCACUGUUGCCUCCAGUUUUUGAAUUUUGCUUAGUUUAACAGACUCAUUCUGAGCUGUUUUUGGAGUCUGCCUAGAUGCCAUGGUUAUCCUGAUUAUUCUACGUGCUACAGUUUGAAGUAAAGCCCUGAAAAACCAGAAAGUACCUUUUACUGUUGAUACAAAUUGUAUCUUUUUAACUAUAAGAACUAUUUUGAUUUGUAGAUCUAGUUAAAACACAGAUGUGUAACUCUGAUUAGACUUUUGGGCAACAUUUUAUCCCUUAUUUAAAUACAAAUUUUUAAAGUAAAAUCGAAGUCUAGAAUAGGGUAGAAGAUAAAAGUAACAAUUUAGGUAAAUAAAAGUGUCUGUCUUAUAGUUUUAUAUAUUAAAAUAUAUUAAAUGAAUUUAUUGGCAUUUUCUUUCUCCUAAAACUUAUCUAGCGUGAACUUAAAAUAAAGGUAAAAUGCUGCCUGAAAAUAAUGUCCAAGCACCUUUGACUAGUACAACAUUUUCACUACUCGUGUGACACCGUGUGUCACAUGAAGUAGGAUUUGGGUUACAGUAAAUGCUUCUAAAAGGCAUUGUGCAUAUUGACAUAUCCAAUAAUCUGAACCGUGUUCAGCAAACCUAAUUCAGGAAAGUGGGGUUCACAGUCGCUGCUGCCGCCUGCGAGGUGAGGUGCCCCUCGCUGCGCCCGCAGAGGAUACGGGCGCUGCCGCACACACCUGCUUGCAGCGUCCUCUGAGCGACCUGCUCACUUGUGAAAUCGUUCUCCUGAUUUUCUCGGUCACUCUCUGUAAACAAGUUUAAUGUAGACGCUAACCCAGUGCCAAAAGUAGGGUUACAAACGUGGAGUACCUUUCAUUUCAGUCUUCUUCUAAGCUUGCUUUUUUUUUUUUUUUUUUAAGUACGAAAUCAUUUUUAAAUUGUACAUGUAGGUUUUGCUUCCAUUUUCUUAAUUUUUUGCAUUUGAAUUGUUUGAAGGUUUUGCCAAACUUUAUUAUGUUCUUUAAAUGAGCUCUUAGGCGAAAUGUAUAGCACACCCUUUCAUUUGACCUCCUAAUGUCUGUAGCUAACCAUCUGUCACUGCAUCCUGGAUUUUAGACUAUGGCAAAACAGUGGAGCUUGCCGCUGCCUGUCCUGACGUGAAUAGCUCUGAGCAGCCACCCUGAAAUCCUUCAGUGUAACUGACUGCAAGCCAAGAAGGAGCAGUUUUCUUAUGUCAAGAGGCAAUCUGUACUCCUCUCCCUUUUUUGGAAGCACUGACGUUGCUUUCCAAGCUUAAGAAUGAGAUACAGCAAUUUGGCUGACUUUAGAUACAGCAAUUUCUUAAUUAUCUAAAGCAAUAAGUAAAAGGAUCCAUCAUUAAAUUAAAUUCAGAGCUCAUCUCAGAACUUCAUUUUAGCCAAAACUUUCACUUUAAUCAUAUCUUCAGACUGACUAACAAAUAACCGGAGAGAGGUGUGUUAGUUAAGUCGUGAAACUGCCAGUGGUGGUCAGCUGACAGAAGAGGAGGGAUUCAGACCGGAAUAUUCUGCCCUGAGUAACUGACAGUUGACUGGACUUUACACAGUAACUAGCCGGUUUGUCAUCUCUGUGUCUUAGUACAGAGGGAGUUGUAUUCAACUGGCCAAAUUCUGGCCCUUAGUAUUUCCUCCUUUCUUGCAUGCAAUACCCAAGUUUUCAGCCUCCUUUAUAUGAUCCCUGUAUCCUGAUAGAGUGUCAUUGACCUAAACAUUUGAAAGAAAUGCACACCAGUAUAAAAUAUGUGAUACUGGUAGAAACUUGAACUUUGUGUUUUUAUGAAAAUUCAUUUAUGAGAAUAUGUAAUAUAACUAAAAAAGAGUGUUUUAUAUAUAUAUAUAUACAUACAUGCAUACACAUUUGUUAAGAAGUAUUAAAAAUGGAAGAAUGUUACGCUUUUGAUGGCUAACUUUUCCUUAAUUGAACUGUUUCUUUGAGUUAUGGACGACCAAGUCUGGAGUCUGGAUGACCAAUGAUAAGAUGUGGAACCACUUGAAUGGAAAGCAACUCUUUACUGGCUUUAUUCCUGAUAUUUUUAAAGAAUUAUUUUAAUAAUUUUAAUAGAAUGUGUCAUUUUAAAACACACAAAAAAACUUAAAGUAGUAUUGCUUAUACAGAUAAUUAUUUAACAUGUCUUUUAUGGAUGUAUCUAUAUGUAUAUAGACAGUAAUAUAUUUAUGAAACAAAUAUACUUUAUGUUGUGGUUGUUGUAAUAGAUGGGAGGAUGGAUGACUCUCCUAUGUCUGUGUGUGUUUUGAAAACUCGAGAGCUGUUUUUCCCCUGACUUAAUGGCAAUUACCCUAAGAGAUAUUUGCUUUUCAUUAUUCUUCUUGCUACUCAGCUUCCUUAUUCAAGACAAAUAGGAUGUACAGUUUCCUGGCCAUUCUUUUAGAUGUGGCUCAUCCAUUUUAUUAUCACCCAGCUCCUGGAGAAUUUCUGAGUGACCUAAAAUCGAACAGAUUAUGGCUGGAGAGAUCAGCUGUGUCCCAAAUAUGUUAAACACAGGAAUUCAGCUAGUGUGUUGAGUUUUCUUGUUACACACCGAGAAAGCAGUGUCAGUAACAGUAGAGAAAUAAUUGCAUUAUUUUAUAUUGGCAUGGGAAACCCUGUAGGGUAAGGGUUGACAAACCUCUUCUGUAAAGGAUAGGAGAGUAAAUCAUCCAGGCUUUGAGAAUCAUAUGGUCCCUGUAAACCACGCCCCUCAUCCCUUAAAGUGAAAGCAGCCACAGAAAAUACAUACCUGAAUGGGUCUGGCUGUAUGUCAGUAAAACUCACAGAAAGGGGCUACAGGCCCGAUUUGGCCCAGGGGCCGUAGUUUGCUGAUUUCUACCCUAAAGGGAGAAAAAAAGGCAUAUUAAGCAGCAAAUCCUGACACACAUUAAGAAAUCAUACUUACAUUUCAGUUGGCAUUCAAACAAAAUCCACUAUUGAGGACCUUAAAAAGAUUUCUCAGAUAGUCACAUAUUAAAAGCAUCUUAAUUCACUUAUUUUUCUGCCUGGUCACACCCAUUAUUUAGUAGAGUUAAUUUCUUGUGUUUAACCAUCCAAAAAAAGCAUUCUGUAGAAAGAUGUUUUAGUAAGUAUUGGAAUUUUUUCAUGAACUUUGUACUGAUAAAUGGGAAUCCUUACCUACCUUUUGGUUUUUUAAGGGCCUCAUGGACCAAAAAUUCUGUUGUAUUUUGAAAAUUAGCAUAUAAUUAGCCAUAAAAUAUUUUAAAGACUGCAUUUAUCAGUUACAAUUUUCUGCUGGUUUUUUAUUUCUAAAAAAUGACAGAUCGCCCCUUCUUUAAAAAUGGUUUUAAAGAAGAUCAAUAUGUUGUAAGUUUACAUGCUGUAAACUUUAUUCUGUAAAAUUAAAAAUUGUGACUAGUAUAAUUGUGAGUGCACGUGUGGUAUUGUGACUCUCUAUAAGAAACAAAAUGUAUACCUGCUUUCUCUAUCCAAACCUUUAGUAUAGAUUUAAGACACCUUAGGACUAUUCUCAGUGAAUGAUACUCUUAACAGGAUCAUGUAUGGUUUUAAAUUCAUUGGAGUAUACCACUGAGUGUGUUCAUUCACAGUGCUUUGUAAAUGAUGUUAACAUCAUAAACGCACAUCUGUCGGAACAGUAGUUUUGAAUGUUGUCAUCCACUUAAGUUGCUAUAUUUUCUUUUAAGAUUGGAAUAUAACUCUAGUUUUAACGAGUGUUUACUGUUUUAAAUGUUUUUUUUUUCUUUUUCUUUAAUGCCCUCUGUUAACCUGCUUUUUGCUUCUGUAACAAUAAUACUUUGUUAUGUUGGGAGUGGCUUUUCCCCUAAAGCUCUUAGUCUUUCAGAUUGAAAAACAGUUUAAGGUUUUGACCACUUGACAAAUUUGGCAGUAAAAAAAGAAAUUUUGUGCAUGUUUCAAUUCAGUUUUAUAGAUAGUGUAAAAUUUCAUUUUUUAACCCAUAUAUCGAAUUUGCCAGUUUUCUGUCUAGAUAUUUCUCAUGAAUAACAAAUUGUUCAUUUAAAACUUUUGACCCCAUUCUUGAAGCAGCUUGUGCCUCAAGGGAAGAUAACAUUGAACAACAAUGGUUUGUUUUUAUAAAGAAUACGUUUUAAAUAUGAAGAUUUUCUUCAGUUUGGGGAAAUUAUAAACAUCUCAUCUAAUACAGAAUACCCAUCAACAUGCACACUUCCACAAACAUGUGGACAUAGCAUUGCCAGUGAACCUAGUUACAGACUUUUAUCUUUUCCUUCUAGGUUUUAUCCUCCCAAAUCAGAGUCGUUUGCUGAGAGUAGAAAUUCCAAUUUGAUCCGUCAAACUUAUAAGAAAACAAGGCAAAGAAUAUGUUUAGAAAAACAGUCUGAUGAAUUCAUGUGAUUCUGUUUAUGUCUGUUCUAUGUGUUUGUGUAAUGGGAUUUUUUACAGCAAAAAAGCAGUAUUUUAGACCUACCAGAAAUCCAUAUCAAAACAGUUAUGUGAUUCUGCCACUGAGAAAAAAAUGUAUUAAAAAAUUCACUUUU